AUGCUGCCUCUGUCGCCUCUGCUGCUCCUCUUCCUCCCCGCUGCGAUCUUUGUGGCCGCGCAAGGCGCCGGGGACCUGCAGGGCUUCAGCCUCCCCGACCCCUGCAUGGGGAUGACCCCAUCGUGUAUGAGCGAGGCCGAUCGCUACAGCCUGGAGGCCCUGAGGAUCGUACAUCACAUGAUGGAUGAUGACCAGGAUGGGGGAAUCGAGGUGGAGGAGAGUAUGGAGUUCAUCAUCGAAGACAUGAAGCAGCAGCAGACCCACAAACACAACAACCUGCACCGAGAGGACCAACACAUCACGGUUGAGGAGCUCUGGAGGGGCUGGAAGUCAUCUGAAGUACACAACUGGACUCAGGAUGAGGUGCUUCGCUGGCUGAAGGACUUUGUUGAGCUGCCGCAGUAUGAGAGAAACUUUAAAGACUUCAAGGUCAAUGGAAACACACUCCCCAGGAUCGCUGCUAAUGAGCCUUCAUUCCUGAGCGUCCAGCUGAGAGUUCUGGACCAGAGGGACAAACAGAAGCUCAACAUCAAAGCUCUGGACGUGGUGCUGUUCGGACCGCCUGCACGUCCUCAUAAUUACAUGAAGGACCUGGUCCUCAUUGUGUCGGUGGUGAUGGGAGUUGGAGGCUGCUGGUUUGCACAGUCCCAGAACAAAGCCAGUAAAGUCCACAUAACCAAGAUGAUGAAAGAUCUGGAUAGUCUUCAGAGGGCUGAGCAGAGCCUCACAGACUUACAGGAACAGCUGGAGCGAGCCCAAGAAGAGAAGCGUAAUGUUGCGGAGGAGAAACAGAACCUGGAGGAGAAGAUGAGGGAUGAGAUCAUGGGAGCACAGGAGGAGGCUUAUCGUCUGCAUGAGCUGAGGCAGGGGGCUGUCACUGAGCUCAGCCGCCUGCGCUAUGCAGAGGAAGAGCUGGAACAGGUCCGUGGGGCACUGAAGCAGGCGGAGAAGGACAUGCAUGCAAGCUGGAGUGUCUCAGAGCUUCUGCAGCAGUGGCUCCAGCUAACCCAUGAAGUAGAGGUCCAGUACUACAAUGUCAAGAAGCAGAGUGCAGAACAGCAACUCUGCGUCGCCAAGGAAGAGGCGGAGAAGAUUAAGAAGAAGAGGAGUUCACUGCUGGGGACUCUCCAUGUGGCCCACAGCUCCUCUUUAGAUCAGGUCGACCACAAGAUCCUGCAAGCAAAGAAUGCCUUGUUCGAAGUAACAGCCUGCCUGCGGGAGCGACUCCAUCGCUGGCAGCAGAUUGAACGACUUUGCGGCUUUUCCAUAAUCAGGAAUUCUGGUCUCGCAAACCUCACUGCUCAGCUCUACUCAGACUCAAUUGCCCUGGGUAUGCCCCGAGUGCUUCAGCCUCCUUGUUCAUGCCAUAGCUCUGUACAUGGAUCUUUAGAGGAUCUGUUAGAAGAAUCUCCAAUCUUACCACAGAUGACAGUUGCACCAAUGAAGCGCUCUCCUCGAACACAGGGAUCUACCAUGUGUCGGCCACGUCGGUCCUGUGUCAUUACUCAGCCACCAACUGCCAUGAACUCCCCAGACCCUGACCUUCUCAUCCCCAUCCGAGCUCCUUACCCUCGCUUUGAGGAGGAAGAAAGCCUUCUCCGGAAAACGCUCAAGAAACAAAACUCCCAGGAGAAGUACUCAGACACAGACUACAUGAUUUCUCCUCCUCUCAGCAAAAUGUACCAUAAUCCCACUGUUGAUGGUUCCUCUCAAAGGCUUUAUCAUGAUGAAACUGAGCUACUUGCAGAUCCCUCAAUUUCAAAGACUUUAAGUAGAGAAGUAGAGGCUGUUGUUCCAGUUCGUAAAGUUUCCACAGAAGAGCUUGAGGUAGAUGUUGUCUGCAGGAAGAUGGGGAAAGACAAAUUGCUGGAUUCGUCUUUGGAAUCUUUGAAGAUGUCUAAAGAAGAGUCUUCAAAAGAUAUUCCAUCCUGGAAAGUAGAGAGAGAUGCAAUAGGGGAUUUUAUUGACCCUUCUUCAAGGAAUAUAUACAGAGAUAUAAGUGAUUUACCAAUGGAUGUUAGAAAGAUCAUUUGGAAUGAAUUAGAGGCAUCAACAGAUAAACAGCCACCGAGGAGGAUAUCCAGAGGUAUGAUGGGGGCUUCAUUUGACAGCAGCUUAAGAAAGAUAACACAAGAUGAUGCUGAGCAUCCGUUUGACAUAGUAACCAGAAGAGUGACAAGAAAUUCAAUGUGCAUUUCCCUAGACACAGGUUCAAGAAAGCUUCUGUGGAAUAAAGGAGAAUGUCAGCUUGAUUCCUCACUCAAGGCAUUAGCAAUGGACAAAAUGGUCGAGACAACCAGAGCACCACGAAGGAUCUCACGAGAUGAGGUGGAGCAUUGUACAGAUCUUGCUUCCCAAAAGAUGCUUUCUAGAGAGAAACUUGAUGCCCAUAUGGAUACCACAAUCCUCGACCAAGACUUUGGUUUAGAACCAGCAAACCGGAGGAUGCUGAGAGAUGAAUCUGACCUGUCUGCUGGUUCUCUCAGACGGAGAAUACCAAGAAUGGCAAGAGAUAACAGUUUCGUUGAAAAUCCAGCUGGAGAAAUCUGGGAUAGAGUCGAUGUCCCAGUAGACACACCUAAACACUCAACCCUGAAGGAGGAGUUUGGAGCAUCUGAAUCAAGUUCAUCUUCAGGUAGAUUUGGACAGCCAGACCUUAUGUUAACCUCUCAGGGGCCUUGGGCAUCAUCAGAUCUUUUCAACGCUGGUCCGUUGAGCCAGCUCGUGUAUGACGGAAUCCUUGAGAAGUCCUGCAUCUCCCCAACUCCUCCUCAGGCCAGGCUGCCAGCCGACAUGGAGCCCCCUAAGCCACCACCGAGGGUCGCCAUUCCAUCUCUCAGUUCCCCUUCUGAGACUGGAGAAGAGAAGAUCAAGGAGAAAGAAAAGAGCAAGAAAUCCAUGAAGCUCAAAAGUCUUUUUAAAAAGAAAAGUGAUUCAACAACAGAGAAGCCUCAAAGUGGUCUUCAGAAACUUUGA